AUGAAGGGUCAAAACCAUAGCAAAGUUCAACGGAGAAUUGGAGUAAAGGAGAAGUCAGAAAACGCCACCGGGAGGGUGUCACGCUGGAGGUCACGCCGUGACCUGCAGCGUGACACCGUGGUCAGCUUUCAGAUAGGCUAUGUUGAUGAGUAUCUGCAGAUAUGCUACGGUUUGAAGGAGACUUCUGGCUUAACAUUUUUCCUAGAAUUGAUUGCUACCUUUCUCACGAACUCUGCUUCUACUAUACAUGAUAUGACUCAAACUAUGGAAUACCCGAUUCUUGACUAUGAUAAGAUGCAAAGGCUUGCAAACAGGCUCAAGGGAAGUUCAGCAUGCAUUGGUGCAUGUCGGAUAAGUGCUAGUUGCUCUGAGUUAAGUCAGGCAACUACAAAAAGAUCUAAGAUAGAUUGCAAACGGGCAGUGGAGAUGAUCAACAGAGAAAAAUCCGCAUGGGAAAUCAAGUUAGAAACUAUUAUGCAGCUGGAGCAUGAUGCAGUGAUCUAUACUGAUUUUUAG